AAAAUUGACAAAUAAAAUUUAAAUCGAUAUUCAAUUCAUUUUGUUUGUAGAAUAUCAGUGAGAAUAAUUAAAUUUGAUUGUGACAUCAACAAUCAGUACAUAAUAUUUCACUCUAGAAACAUUCACAUUUUUUUUUCGCUGUCGUAAAUCAAUAUCAUUGAUAAAUCGGAUUAAUUUGAGUUAUAUCACGAUGACGUCAGUCCGAAAACUGAUUGAUAAUAAUACUAGAUGUUUCGUGAAUGAAUGUUCCGGCCUUAUCGAUGGACUGUUCAAGGGUCACGCAUCGUAUGACCAUCGUGCUAAAGAAGCUGAUCUUAUGAUCGAUUCGAUCAAGGAUUUUAUGUCAAAGUUGGAAAUAACAAUCUUAGUUUGGCAGAAAAACAUCAACAACAAAAGUUUUGAAGAUACAGCGAUAGACCUAGAAUCAACGAAUAGUUCUAGCGAAUGCGAAGCUUCACCACCCAAAAAGAAUCCAUUAUUGUCACCGCAUGAGGAAUUGAAACACAAAAUGGAAAAUAUCAUGGAAUUUUAUUCUUCCAUUAAACAGAGAAUAUUUCUCUCCGGCAAUCUCAUAUAUGCUAAACGUUUGAUGGGCAACCUCAAAUAUCUGAAAAUGGAGAUGGAAAAUUUGAUAGUAAUUAUACAAAUACGAAUGGAAAAAGAAGAAAAAACAUUCGCAAAUGCAGCUGCUGGAAAAGGCCAUUCGUCCAGAAAUGAAAGUUGACCAGAUUAAUCAUUUUCAUUCCGGAUCAUUAUCAUCCCAAACGAACAAAAUAUAACAAACUAAUUUACUUAUCUAUCCGAAAGCGAACGAACGGUAAACACACACACACACACACACACACACAUCCACAAUUUCAAUUCCGAUACAAACGA